AAAAUAUAUAGUAGAAGUAUGCGAUUUGGAACGCAGGGCUGGCUUUAAAUCAGGAUUUUAGCGGAAACGGAAGUAAACCGUCUUGACUUUUUCCCACAAUGCACCGGGAGAGUCUGAGGGCGCCUUUUGCAUCAAGUUUGCAGCUUACACAUAUCAACAAGGAGGAGGGGGAGAGGCUCAACUUCAGUUAAACCGUCUAAUGCGUAAAUUGAACAACACGCUGGUUUGCGUUUGACAAUACGUUAGUCUUUCAUCCCUCUGCUUAGAGAUUUUUAACGUCUGUUCUCACCGACAUGGCUCCGUUCAACUUAAUGACAGCAGGUGUUAGCUGGUUGGCUAAGUCCUUCAGUGUCUUCUCCUGUACAAGCACUCUGGCAAGGUGCAGGUGUACCAGUGUUCUCCCAGCUACAUACAUCAACCAAGUGAAAUGUCUGAGCUCUCAGGCAAGCGGUCCUCCAAAGAGGCCUCUGAACGGGUACAUGAGAUAUGUAGUGCAGCAGAAGCCACUCAUGAUCAGGAACAACCCAGAAAUCAAAGCAGUGGAUAUCAUCAGGAUGAUCGCCCAGCAGUGGAGAACGAUGAGCCCAGACCAGAAACGGCCUUUUGAGGAAGCCUCUCUGCAGGCCAGGGAGCAGUUUAAGAUGGACCUCCAGCGCUACCAGGCCCAGCUGACCCCAGCACAGGUCCAGCAACAAACGUUAGAAAAGAGACAGAGGAUGGCCAAGAGGAAGGCCAUCCGCAAAAAAAGGGAGUUAAACAGCAUGGGGAAGCCCAAGCGUCCUCGCUCUCCGUUCAAUAUUUUCAUGUCGGAGCACUAUGAGGAGGCCAGAGGAACCACUUCACCGGCAAAGAUGAAGUCACUGUUGGAGGACUGGAGGAAUCUGUUUAGUCAUCAGAAAAAGGUCUACACCCAGCUGGCCGAGGAUGACAAAAUUCGCUACAAGAAUGAGAUAAAGUCGUGGGAGGACCACAUGAUGGAGAUCGGACGAGAAGACCUGGUCCGAGAGCAGACCCUGUCUACCAAGAAGAAAAAACCUGCUGCUAGAACAUCAGCAGCGAAGAAAGGAACAAAGAAGGCUAAAGCAGUGAAGAAGGUCACUGCCAAAGGAAAGGCCAAAACAAUCAGGAAGACAACGACAAGCACCUCUACGAAAACUGCCAGGACUACAAAGAAGACAUAAGAUGUGUUUUUCUACAGAGUUUAGAGGGAAAAAACAUGUUAAUGAGAACUGAAGACUGAAGCUCUGAUGACCUAGGACUGCUCUGCUUGGUUUUCCUCUAACUUAAAAAUCACAAAGUUCCCAGUUGUCAUGAAUGCUUUUAAGGUUGAACAGGGCAAAGCCCGCAUUCAGACACUGCAAGAUCAUUUUGCAAUAACCAAGCAUCAUCUCUUCAGUAAAAAAAAAUCAAAAAAUAAACCCUGAAUGCAGACAAAUAUUGGUCAGUUGUGAUUGGUCAGUUGAAUCCAUCCAUAUGAUGUAGUGUGGGAUUGUUUCAGGCUUAGAAAGUGAGUUAUUAAAUGAAAUGCAAUGAUUUCAGAAGGUUAGACAUGUGAGUGAAGUGUAAAAGCCAUCAUAGGAGGCACACAUAUUGUUUAUACUUCUCUGUCUGCAGUGUUCAAAAGGUUCCAUUGCCCUGACUGUAACCACAAUAUACUGAGGAAAAUAAAAAGGUCUACAGUUAUUCUGCAUUUGUCUUGUCAGGAAAUCCAUGAAAAUCCCAAAACCAACAAUAUGUUAGCUGGUCUCUAUAUACCUACACUGUUUGUGGCUGUCCUCCCCAAGCCCGCUGGCUCAUAUUGAAGGUAUAUAUCUUUAAAAGCACUGCACAAAUACAUAUAUUUUUAAAAACCCUCAGAAGGUUUCCAAAAUACUGUUGUCUUUAGCAAACAGGAGGAAAUGAUGCAUUAGUAAGGAACUAUUUUCAGCUAAACAGAACUAAAAGACAAAUGACUAUAUUGUCGGUUUUUGGUAUUUUUGUGGGAUUUAUUGAUGAAAAGAAAAGGAGUGACAGCUGACUUUCUUGAACAGAGCGUAUGUCAGCUGUGGAUGUGUGCACUCCUCGGUGCAACUUGUUGGCAAGCUCUCAGUAAGUUUCUACUCUGAGACAAGUGCCAUUGGUUGCAAAUGUACAGACACACCUCUGUAGAUCAGACUACCAUGGUACCCAUGAUGCAACCUGACUGAAGUCUUGGUCUCACCAUUGUUAUUGUUGUAGCACACCUUUGUACAGUUGCAACUUCAAACUGUGAAAUCCUGCCAUUUGUCAUUUCUAGUAUAACAUUACUGACUGACAUUUUGUGUUUUAAACACAAAAGCUUCACAUUAUGUAUUGUUCCAGAUGAGCUUUAUAUGAGACAUUUUUUGUUCUGAUAACUGCUGUAAAAAGCUGUUAGGCUUCCUAAUAAAAUGAGCUUUUCCCCCACAGCACCUUCAUCCUAAUGUUUAUGUAUGGUGGUGUAAAGUGUCAUUCCUCCCUUGGUCCUAAAAUGCAGAUUCUUUCUGGUCAUCAUGUUUUUAAAUUCACACACUUGUUAACUAUGAAGAACAUAUUUUCAGUUUUUACA